AUGGCAGGCCCCUACAGCUUCUCGGAAUACCAGCAGGUCUAUGUCGCCUGCCGCUCUAUUUUUCAAGGUCGAAACGCCAAGAUACGGAGGUUGAGUAAGAUCAAGAGCGUAUUCAAGGUGAAGGCAGAGGUUGUGGAAUCUGUCGUGGAAGAGAUGGGCGAGGAAAAAGUCGCCAAUGUCGCCCUUGAUCUACUGAGGGAGAAGGUCUUCAAGUAUGAGACAAAAGCUCGCGCCAGAUUUCCGGCAGCUUUCCAAAUCGAAACGGGAACGCGGAAUAGCAUCAAUGGGCUGGAGGCUGAAAGGGCUACCUCACACACGGCUGAGCCCCAGGACGACAUCUUUUCCUCCGAAGACGACAUCCAUGUCAUAAGGACGCCAGAUUGGGACUCUGAAAGCGACUUGGAUAAUACAAAGUGUCAAAACGAGGCCGACAGAAUGGCCGAAGGUCUUCGCAACAAUGUCGGCGCUUGUAAGAUCCGAGAGCUCAGAGUGGAGAUUGAUAGGCAAGUCGCAAUCAGGCAAGCCGCCAAGACCGCCCUUGAAGAUCACGCCGCUACGGAAAUGGACGACAUUCGCCGUCAACGGGAAGAGCUUGACAAGAGAGAACAAGCCUUGAUCGGCGAUAUGGCCAAGAAAGAAAGCAAACAGAAAGCGUUGCUUAGUGGCUCGAUUGACAGGUUUUUGGACAGUAGAUUUGGGAAAAGCGCAGAACAACUCGGGCCUCAAACAGAAAGAGGAGAGGCUACUGAAAAGUCUACUGAGGAGGCGACUGAAGAUUACACCCAAGUGUCCAAGGAAGAGUCUGCCGAACAGUCUGCUGACGACAUGGAAUUUGAUUUAUUUGAUUGA